CCCUACUGGCUUUACAAAUUCACCUGCCGAAUUUCAAGCUUGCAUGGCUUUUAUUCUUCAAGACGAAAUGCCUCAUACUGCUGACAUCUUCAUAGAUGACCUUCCCAUCAAAGGUCCUCUGACUGAGUAUCUUGAUGAAAAUGGAGUGCCAGAAGUGUUAAAGGAAAACCCUGGAAUCCGAAGAUUCAUUUGGGAACAUGCCUGUGAUGUACAUCGAAUCAUGCAUCGUGUAGGCCAUGCUGGAGGAACAUUUUCACCAAGCAAAGUUCAACUUGCUCGCAGAGAAGUUGUGAUUGUAGGUCACAAGUGUACACCUGAAGGAAGAAUUCCAGAUCCUAACAAGAUUGAAAAGGUUUUAAAUUGGCCCAUCCUUACCACUGUCAAAGAAGUCCGUGGAUUCCUAGGACUUUGUGGAACAGUGCGUAUUUGGAUCAAGAACUACUCAGCCAUGGCUCGACCCUUGACUGAGCUUAUUCGCCAUGACACUGACUUUGAGUGGGAUGACCGUCGACAAGAAGCCUUCGAUAACCUGAAGAUGUUGAUUACCUCUGCACCUGCCCUAAAGCCUAUUGACUACUCCUCUGAUUUGCCUGUAGUUCUCUCUGUGGAUUCAAGCUACAUUGCUGUUGGAUUCAUUCUUUCACAAAGAGAUGAACAAGGACACAAACGGCCAGCUCGCUAUGGAUCAAUUCCUAUGAAUGAACGAGAAGCACGAUACUCCCAACCUAAGUUGGAACUAUAUGGACUCUUUCGACCAGAUGCCCUAUCACGUCGUGGACUUGGAGAAGGAGAAGAAGUGAAAGAAGAAGAUGAUGCUUGGUUGGAUGAAAUUGCUCUCUACACACUGCCACAUGAAGUCACAUUGGACAAUGAUGCAUUUCAGGAUUAUAAUCCUUUAAAGCUCAUUCCUGUGUAUAUUUCCACAGAUUCCAAACAAGACCAGACUAUGCGGCAAAUCCACAAGUUUCUAAGCACCUUAGAGACCCCAGAAUUUCUAUCACUUCAAGAACGCAAGAGGUUUAUUACCAAAGCAAGUCGAUUCUUUAUUCGAAAUGGCAAUAUGUAUCGACGAGCUGGACAACGACCCCCUCUAAAAGUUAUUUUCUCAGCUAACAAGAGACUUAGCAUUCUGGAAAGUGCACAUGAAGGACAAGGACAUCGUGGAGAGUAUGCAGUAAUGCGAAUGCUCAAAGAACGAUUUUACUGGCCAAAUAUGUGGAAUGAUGUUCAUCAACAUGUUCGAUCCUGUCAUCAGUGUCAGCUCAGAAGCACUCGUAAAGUUGAAGUCCCUCUGACAAUCUCUGCACCUGUGACACUGUUCACCAAGAUAUACUUGGAUAUCAUGUUUAUGCCCAAGGCAAAAGGAUUCAAGUAUAUCAUUGCAGCCAGAGAUGAUCUUUCUCGAGCUGCAGAAGGACGUGCCUUAAGAGAUGCAACUUCACAUGCCAUUGCCAAGUUUCUAUGGGAAGAAAUCUUCUGUCGAUAUGUGGAAAGAGGUCAUGCGAUUAUUCGUGAAUCCAUAGUGAAAGCCUGUGAUGGGAAAGUCAAAGACUGGCCAGACUAUGUUCCCCAUGCUUUCUUUGCAGACAAAAUCACUAUCAGUCGAUCAACAGGAUUCUCACCUUACUAUUUGCUAUUUGGAGUUCACCCAGUCUUACCUUUCGAUCUCUUGGAAGCAUCAUUUCUAGUGGAAGGUUUCCACUCUGGAAUGUCUACAACUGAUUUGCUUGCACUGCGAAUCCAGCAACUUUCAAAGAAGGAUCAAGAUCUGGAAAAGGCUGCAGAAGUUCUCGCAAAGACACGUUUACGCUCAAAGGCUCAAUUUGAGAAGAAGUUUGAGCAUAGAAUUCGAGUUGAAAGUUUCAAGCCUGGAGAUCUCGUACUUGUACGAAACACUGCCAUUGAAAGAUCCUUGAAUCGCAAGACUAAACCCCGGUACUUAGGACCCUAUGAAGUAGUUCGACGGACCUUCAAAGGAGCCUAUAUCGUGAAAGAGCUUAAUGGAAACCUCUGGAAACAGGGAAUAGCGGCCUUUCGAUUGCUACCAUAUAUCUCAAGAGAUGACUCAAGGCUUCAAGAUCUUGCAGGAAGAAUAGAAGAAAUUGGAAGGCCAUCGCAAAAGCAUAUCACUGAAUUUAGUGACUUGGAUUCAAGUGACUCAAGUGAAGAGUCUACUAGCAAUCUUGAAGAUGUCUUCUAUGAGCAUAUAUCAAAUCACUAGACAACAUAGUCUAUGUGAAGAAGUAGUCAAGAACGUACUUGACUAGUGGCUAGAGAAUAUCUGAAUUCUCUAUCUCAAAUACUUCUAGACAGAGUGGUCUAGAAAGAUAUUUUUGUCAAGACCACAUUUCUUCAAUUUGAUUCUCAGAAGAAAAGAUAUCGUCAAGUGAAAUGCCCAAAGAAGUCCAACAAAGUCAUAGAAGAAGA